AUGCCAGCAGCAGAAUCCCUUGAUAGUUCAUUCAAUAUGAAUGGACAAGAAAGCUUUCAACAAAUGGAAGUUUUUCCUCUAUUACUUCAGGCACAAGAUCUCGUAUCUAAAUUGGAAAAUCGAGUAGUGGAAUUGGAAACCGAUUUAGAGACCAUAAACGAUUCUCAUGAGCAAGAACGUGAUCAAUUACUUCAAGAAAUUGGGGAGAAAGAUGAAUACAUACAUAGUUUAAAAACAAAAAUUAAAGGACAAUUUUUAGAUAGCAUUAAAUUAUGUCUAAACUAUUUAAAAAGCGCUCAAAAUAAUAAUCAUAAACCUAAAAAUUAUAGGAAACAAUCUAGGCGAGAUUCAAAAAUUCAACAUGAUGAACCUGAUCAUGAUAGAAUAAACGAUCAUAAUGAAACGAAACAUUUUGAGAAGGAAGAGGUACAAAUUUCUAAUCAUAAUGAGGAUAUCUCUCGACAAGAUGAUCAGGAAAAAAAUGAUCAUAAUAACAAAAUUUCAAGAAGAGAAUCUGUUUGUAGUGAUCAAGUUUCCGUUGACCUAGGUGAUUAUGGUAUAGAUGGGAAUGAAGAUAUCGCGGCUUUCGAUGAUGAUACUUUCCAAACUUCCCCAAGGCAAUCAAUUGAUUAUGAUCUCGACGACGAGGAAGAAUUGGAACAUCGUCGACGUGCAGAAUUUGGAACGACAUUAAAUGGUCCGGUCCCUGAUAUAUCUCAUACGGAAAACCUUUGUCCAAAUUGUAACACCUUACUUGCUCAAGUUGAUCAACAUAUUGAGGAACGCGCUUACCUUAAACGAGACCUUUCUGCCCUUGCUAUAUCUCUUUCGGAAGAGCAAACUAUUCGUGCUCAAAUUCAAGCCAAUAAAGAGAAUUUAGAACAAGAAAUAGAUGAAUGGGUAAAUGCAAUGUUUGAGAAAGUUAAUCAAAUGGUAUAUGAUGAAGCUAACGUACAUCGUUUAAGAGAAUUGAAAUUACUAUUGGUUCAUUUGGAUACCACUAAACAGCGGCAGACUGCUCCGAAUUGUGUUAAUGCAUUAAACAGAAAUUCUGUUCGAAGAAGUUUUAUGUCAAAUUCUCCUUUAAACAGCCCUCGUUCAAGUAAAGUGUUUGGAUUUGGACAUAUGUCACCUAGCAUCUUUUCUACAGCAUCCGUGGAUGAGUAUAUUCAUAAGGGUAGACGUGUAUACAUUGAUGGGGUUGUGUUUGAAGAAUUUCAAGAAUAUGUGAAAUCGUUUAUAACCUCUUCCGCUCCUACAAAUUCUACACCUACUCACGCAUUUAUGAAGCGUUGUAUGAUUGAAGACAUUCAACCUUGCCUUUUCGAAGGAAGCAGUGGUUGGAAAUCUCCUUUCUAUAAGAGACGUUUAUUAGAUGCUAUUAUGAAAAAUCAAUGUGAAAUCCAAACAAUAUACUACAGUUCUUCGAAUUCUGUACCAAGUACACCGUUAUCCAGUCAAAUUAGCUCUACAUCAAAUACACGACAAAAUAGUUAUCAAGAAUCACCUCCUUCACCUAAAGUUAAAUGUAGUCUUUGUGGUCAUGUAAGAAGUUGUGAUUUCCGUAUGAGACUUUCUGGGCCUGAUGCUGCUGUACCACCAUCAGCCACGACAAUCUCAUCAUCACAAACAUCAAGGUUCUCCGUGACCGGAACCCCUGGAUGGAUUCCUCUCGAUCGAUUCUGUAGAGAUCGUGUUGUUGCUGUAUGUGAUUUCUAUACUUACCUCUCACACUUACGUCAAGGAUUACUUGCCCAUUCCGCUGUUUGGACUAUGUGUAAACAAUGUCUCAAACAUCGUAGGAAGAUGAGUAUGGCGCGUGUUGGUAGUGUGAGCAUGUUUGAAGAAGAGGAAGCUCUCAACAAUGAAUUAUUGAACAAUCCUGAAAUGGAAGGCAUGGUUGUCAUUGUUCAUUAA